GCCAUGUAAAUUCGUUCUAUAAAAUGGGAGGAAAUCCUCUGAAAGGAUCAUUGAAUCCAUUUGACAGAUUCUGGUCUUAGUUUUAUAUAAUUCUAUUAUAUAAUUUAUCCAUAGGUCUCUCAAUAAACAUCUAUAAUAAAAGAUUUCCCAAUUUUGGCCUAACUAUUGACCAUGGAAUGAAUGUCCAAGCUUUAAGAAUUGCAGUUACCUCAAUAGAUUAUUUUUUCUCAUGGUUUAAGGCUUUGUAAUUGGAUAAUUCCAUUUUGUUGUAUACACGUUGAGGCACCUUACAUGUGAUUGUAUUGGGCAGCUCUUGGUUCACCUUUGCAAUGUUUUUUAUUUUCAGAUGCCUUACAUCUCUUAAGAUAUUAUUAUAUCUUUUAUAGAUCUGAAAUUGUAGGUCAUCUUUCCAGCUCUAGAUAACCGUGUGAAGAAUAUUGCCCGAACUUAUUCCCUAGAACAUGAGGGAGAAAUUGUUCUUUUGAUCAGUUGUUUUCUCUACUGGAGUCAAAUAUGCAAAAUGAAGAAAGCUAUAUAAGGGAGUUAGCCUCUUGUACUGGAACUCUUCAAACAUCAAUUAACCAGCAUAUGUCCAAGGAAGAGGCGCAGGUUUUCCCCUUGCUCAUUGAGAAGUUUUCAAUUGAAGAGCAGGCCAAUUUGGUGUGGCAGUUUCUUUGUAGCAUUCCUGUGAACAUGAUGGCAGAAUUUCUGCCAUGGCUUUCUUCCUCUAUAUCAUCUGAUGAACGUCAGGAUAUGCGCAAGUGUUUGUGCGAGAUAAUCCCAGAAGAGAAGCUUCUUCAGCAGGUUGUAUUUGCCUGGAUUGAAGGGGAAACUGUCUCUGCAAUGCGUAAAAGUUGUAAAGAUGAUCUUAAGGUCAGAUGUCAAGAUUCCAGGACUAGCACCUUUAUCAGUCAAACUGAACAAGGGCACGGUGCAUGUAAAUCUUUAAAAACCAGUAAAAGGAAGUAUAUGCAGCUAAAUCUUGAUCAUACAAAACCCAGUAUGUCUUAUCCUAUAGAUGAAAUAUUGCUUUGGCAUAAUGCAAUAAAAAGAGAGUUGAAUGAUAUAGCUAAGGUGGCUAGGACGAUCCAAAUAUCUGGAAAAUUUUCUGAUCUUGUUGCAUUCAACAAGAGGCUGCAAUUCAUUGCAGAAGUCUGCAUCUUUCACAGGUUUGGUUUUAUGCGGUGCUCCUAUUUUUAAUUACUGGAACAUAUGAGUCCCCAAGGCCUGAAUAUAAACUUUCAAUUGUGCUGUAUUUAAUGAGCCCCUAUGGACAAGGACUAGGAAUUUCCAUAUAGCAGUCCUUCUUUGCAUGGCCUAGUGGAAGUCUUGAACCUGUUUUUAUUCUUCAAAGAUCUUUUCCAAGUAUGGAAGACUUCAAAUAGUGAGGGACACCAGUUGCCACCCAAACGGGAACAGGAAAUGCAAAAAAAAAAGAAAAAAAAAAAUAAGGUAGAAAAAAGAAAGAACGAUUAGAAUGAAUGAUUCAUAAAUACAUGACAUUGUUAGAGACUAAAAAAUGAGCUCUUUUGGGUUACUUUUCACCAUUCAGGGGCAGAACUACCUCAAAGUGCUUGAUUUGGUACCUCAAGAGUUUCUGAAUAUGAUGAGGUUUUAUGUUUUAGCUUUCUGCCUUCAUGGAUUCUUGGGUUCUUUUGAAGUUUUUUUUUUUCAUCGAACCUUGG